UCAAGCAACGCGACCCCAAUUCUCGUUUAGCUUCCCCCUCUUCCGUUCUCGUAACCCUAGCCCCCCAAAUUCGCAAGAACUCGAUCGAAAUUCUCAAUUAAUGGCGGGAAGAGGAAAGGCGAUUGGUUCCGCGGCGGCGAAGAAGGCGACGUCGAGGAGCAGCAAGGCCGGGCUCCAGUUUCCGGUUGGUAGGAUCGCUCGCUUCCUGAAGGCGGGAAAAUACGCGGAGAGGGUGGGCGCCGGCGCUCCGGUGUACCUCGCCGCCGUCCUCGAGUACCUCGCUGCUGAGGUUUUGGAGCUCGCUGGAAACGCCGCAAGAGAUAACAAGAAGACUAGAAUCGUGCCGAGGCACAUUCAGUUGGCGGUGAGGAACGACGAGGAGCUCUCGAAGCUGCUGGGCACCGUCACCAUCGCCAACGGAGGAGUGAUGCCCAACAUUCACAACCUCUUGCUCCCAAAGAAAGCUGGAGGCUCUUCAAAGGCCGGAGCUGAUGAUGACAGUUGAAGAAGGACUUCGCUUCUGUCAAAAAGUACUCUUUUGUAGAUUUUGGCGUUUUUGGUUUUCUUUUUUUUUUAGGCUUAGAGUUGUAGUUGUUUAGGGUGGGUAUUUGUUAAGUUUGGGGUUACUAGUUUGAUGCAUGAAAUGGAAACUUUUUUUUUUAAACGAGAUGCGUGUUUAGUUCCCAACAAUGGGAGCUGAGGGCCUGCAAUAUUUUUAUUCA